AUGGUUUCUCAAAUACAAGUUAGACAAGGAGAGGCAAAGCUGGCCGAGAAGGUAGACGAGAUCAGCCGCCGCAAGAAGUACCAUCAAGUUGAACUUGCGCAGAAGGAUGCCGAGAUCAAGAAAUUAAUGGAGAAGGUCGAAUUGCUUUCUUCGGAGAAUGAGGCUCUCAAGGCCAAGGUUAGGGAGAUCAACCUGAAGCAAGCGGGGGACAAGGGGGUUGUGAUGCUCGACUAA